GGCUCUCUCUUCAGUCUUCACUUCACCAUUAUUUCAUCGACUCCUUCCCCCCCAAAAAACCCAUCUAAAAAUCCUCCGCUCCUUCCCUCUCUCCGUCUCUCCCCCCUCUGCUCUGUCCAAGUCCAGCUCAGGAGGUUCAUAGCCGUUAAAACAGUUUACCAUUCAAUUGCUCAGAGAAAAAAGGGGGAAAAAGCUCCAAUGGCUCACAAAGUGGAGGCGAAUUUCCCCAAUUCCAUCCUCAAGUUACCGUCUCUGACCUCUUCCUUGAAGCGAAAGCGGCCGCCCAUGAUUGAGAUCCCCAACGUCCUUCAAGAAAUCAAGUCCGAAGAUGCCAACCUCAAAUUCAAUGACUUUGCCGCCCCAACUCCACGGCGAGACGGCUUCCUUUCUUCUUCUGGGCCGGGGGUUUGUGUUUCUGCUGUCAAAGGGAAGAAGAAGUUCAUGGAAGAUUCCCACAAGAUCGUUUCUUGCUUGAAUGGCGAUUCCCGCAGUGGGUUUUUUGGGGUUUAUGAUGGGCACGGUGGGAGGAAAGCUGCCGAAUUCGUUGCCGAGAAUCUCCACAGCAAUAUCAUGGGAACGAUGGUAGAUUGUAGAGAUGAGUCUUCUAAAGAAGAAGCCUUAAGAGCUGGGUACUUGAAGACAGACCAACAGUUCUUGGAGCAGGGUCUGUUGAGCGGUGCUUGUUGUGUGACAGCCUUAAUCCAAGGACAAGAAAUGGUUGUUUCUAACUUGGGAGAUUGUAGGGCUGUUCUAUGUAAAGGAGGAGUGGCAGAAGCCCUUACAAUAGACCACAGAGCAGAAAGAGAGGAUGAAAGGCAAAGGAUAGAGAAUAAGGGAGGUUAUGUUGAGUUCCAUCGAGGAGCAUGGCGAGUGCAUGGGAUACUUUCUGUGUCUAGAAGCAUUGGAGAUUCCCAUCUAAAGGAAUGGGUGUUAGCUGAGCCAGACACCAACAUUCUGCACCUGACACCAGACAUGGAGUUUCUCGUCUUGGCUUCUGAUGGAUUGUGGGAAGUGGUGAGGCAAAAAGGGAAAGCCUGAAAAUUAGCUUCAUUUGCAACAUUUGAAGCAUUUGGUUCUACUAGUCAAUCUUAAUUAAUGUUCCCUGUGAUUUUUGUUUGGAUGCUUUAGGUUGAGAAUCAAGAAGCUGUUGACAUUGUCACUGCAUCAUGUAUGCCUGAGAACAAGUCAGGACCACUUCUCUGGGAUGGAAUCGAGUGUGGGCGAGUAAAUGUGAGCCCUGUUGACAUUGUCACUGCAUCAUGUAUGCCUGAGAAGAAGUCAGGACCACUUCUCUUGGAUGGAAUCGAGUGUGGGCGAGUAAAUGUGAGCCCUUCAUCGAAGCUGCGAAGGGUCUCGCUUGUGAGGCAGCAGGAACAACAUAGGUUACAAAAACCGUCACCAACUCAUAAGGAGGAAGAAGAAGAGUUUCCCAGUGAAAAUGACAUACCACCAUUGAAGUUGAGGAGGAUUAGCCUAGUGAAGAAGAUCAAAACGAAAACAGAGUCUUCUCCCAUCAAAGAGAACAUCCAGAAAUCUCCUCCCUCAACCGCAGGGCUUGCCGGUGCUUGCAAGGAGCUUGUGAACCUCGCAGUAAGCAGGGGUAGUUUAGAUGAUAUAACUGUGAUGAUAAUUGAUCUUAGUUGCUUCAGAAAUAAGCAAUGAGUCUAGCUUGGCUAAUUGUCAUGUACCAUACAAUCAUUCAUUUCCUUGUGUACAUAUGUGAAGCAUUGCAGUGCAGCCGGACUAGUUAUGGGUCUCCUCCACUACCCUUUGAGAGGGAGAAAAAAGGUUUUUUUGUCGUUCAUAAUAUUAGCCAAACAUCCUCCUCUUUGGAAACUGCCAACUGUUGCCAGCAUUGUUCUUCACUUCUCUUCUGCCCCUCCAUUUUCCUUUUGCCACUUACCUUGUUGCUUUCUAGCUCAAUCAUAUAUUCCUUUAUGAGUGACGACCAUAACAUAACAUGGAUGGUCUCUCACUGGACCACCACUGAAAUUUCCAGCCAAUGCAAAGCAGGUCUUCUUGCAGUCUGUGUUUACCAGAAAUCAUGUUCUCUUCAAAGGUA